AUGCCGUAUGCGAAUCAGCCCCAUGUGGCGAUCACCGCUCUUAACGAUGAGGUUGUGCGGUUCGUGCUCGAGGACACUGAUCUGAGUGUGGCCAAUUCGCUGCGUCGCAUUUUCAUGGCCGAAGUGCCCACAAUGGCAAUUGACUGGGUGCAGGUGGAAUCGAAUACAAGCGUUCUGCAUGAUGAGUUCAUUGCUCAUCGUCUUGGUUUGAUACCGCUUACAUCAGAUGCCGUCGUCGAUCAGAUGCAAUUUUCACGCGUAAAUUUUUGCUUCCUUGAUUGUCAGUGCACGGAAUUUUGUCAAUUUUGCGCAGUGGAAAUGAGACUUCGAGUGCACUGCGAUGAUGAGGGUAUUCGAGCAGUUACAACGGCCGAUGUUGAAACCAGCAAUCCAGACGUGGCCCCGGCCUGUGGCAUACACAUGCGAAAUCUGGAAAUGAGACUUCGAGUGCACUGCGAUGAUGAGGGUAUUCGAGCAGUUACAACAGCCGACGUUGAAACCAGCAAUCCAGACGUGGCCCCGGCCUGUGGCAUACACAUGCGAAAUCGUAAUGCUGAAGACAGUACCAGCGAGGAUAUUCUUAUUGUGAAAUUGAGAAAGGGUCAAGAAGUCGAUAUCAAAUGCAUCGCCAAAAAGGGAUUUGGCAAGGAGCAUGCGAAAUGGAAUCCAACCUGUGGCGUAGCAUUUGAAUACGAUCCAGACAAUGCGCUCAGACAUACAGUUCUGGCAAAGCCCGAAGAAUGGCCGAAAAGUGAGUACUCGCAGUUGGAAGAAGAUGAAUACGAAGCACCGUUUGAUCCACUUGCAAAACCAAACAAAUUUUGGUUCACAGUUGAAUCAACCGGAGCGCUGAAGGCAGAAAACAUCAUUUUGAGUGGCAUCACUGUGCUGAAGAAGAAAUUAGCUGAUAUCCAGAACCAGCUGCAAAGGGAGUUGUUGCAGCAAGGCCAUGUAUAUCACUGA